AUGACAUCAAUCUGGGAUGUCCUCAUCGUGGGCGGUGGCCCUGCUGGUCUUGCUGCCGCCUUAGCCCUCUCUAGAAGACUUCACACGACUCUUAUAUUCGACUCGGGCGUCUAUAGGAACCGCUUCACAAGCCAUAUGCAUAACGUACCAACUUGGGACCAUCGAAAUCCUGCCGACUUUCGCAAGGCUUCUCGAGACGAGCUUGUUGCUCGUUAUGAGACGGUCCAGUUCCAAGGGGCUCAUCUCGAGGGCAUAAUGCAGAGAGCCGAUGGUGUUUUCGCAGCAUGGGACAACACAGGCACACAGUGGCUUGGUCGAAAGGUCAUCCUAGCCACUGGUGUACGUGACAAGUUUCCAAACAUUGAAGGUUUUGAAAACGCGUGGGCAAAGGGAAUUUUCCACUGCCUCUUCUGCCAUGGCUAUGAGGAGCGUAAUGCCUUAUCGGCUGGAGUUCUCGCAUUUGAACUCCUCGAGACUACCCAGACUGCUCUUCAUGUUGCUAGAAGUGCUAGACGGCUGGCUAAGUCAGUGACAAUAUACACCAACGGCUCAGACGCACUCGCAGCUUCGAUCCAAGCGGAUUUAAACCCCGGCGAGGAAUUCAAACUCAACACAAGCCCUAUCACAAAAUUAGUCAAGCAACCACAGGGUGUUUUCGCUGAGUUGGACGAUAAAUCAACCUGUGUUCCCCGUAAACUAGUUAUUCUAUUCCUCCACAACUCAAGCCACCCGGCUGUGAUUAUUUUUACGGUCAAGAUGGACAUACCAGAGGAGAAGGAGAGUCUUAUUAAAGGCGAGUCGGAGUUAGAGCAACGUGAAGCCCCCAGACGACUUACCUGGCGUGUCAUGGCAUUACGGCUUGCUCAGUUGUUAUGUUUGACCGGGGCCCUGUUUGCUUGUGUCUCGUAUGGCCGUCUUACUCGUGACAAAAGAGCCAUCGACGUGGAUAAGUUGAUGCAGGAGUCGCCAUUGAUAGGUCUCAUCCGCACCCUUUACCACAAUGAUAUUUACCAGAAAAACUUCACGGUUAAUGAAGGGCUUCCUUUACAUGUUGAUUUCCCUAGACUUCGUAAGGGUCGUGUAGGAGGUCAAUUCUGGAGCGUUUAUGUUGAUUGCCCUGACGUAUCUGAUAAAUACGAUGACGAGGUCUACUCGAAGAGUGUGCAUGACACAUUCCAACAAAUUGAUCUGGUACAUCGUCUGAUUCAGGAAUAUCCUGAGACCCUGGUGGGAGCCCGACGUGCGAAAGACGUGAGGCAAAACUUCGUCCAGUCUCCAGGCAAAAUCUCAAGCUUGAUGGGAGUGGAAGGUCUUCACCAGAUCGGAAACAGCGCAAGCAUUCUUCGAGCUUACUACCAGCUUGGAGUCCGAUACGCUACACUCACUCAUUUCUGCCAUAACAAAUACGCUGAUAGUGAGCACCCAAAGAAACCUCUCCACGGCGGCUUGUCAGAGGCUGGAAAAGCUCUCGUCCUAGAGAUGAACCGUAUAGGGAUGAUGGUCGACGUCUCGCACACUAGCGCCGACACUCAACGCGACGCAUUGAAGGCGUCUCGUGCUCCUGUUAUAUUCUCCCAUUCCAACGCUUUCGCUCUCUGCAAACAUACCAGAAAUGCCCCGGAUGAUGUAUUGCAUAUGCUCAAGGCGAAUGGCGGUGUUAUCAUGGUGACCUUCUUGCCGGGGUAUCUGAAUUUAACGGGCAAGGCUUCCCUCUCUGAUGUUGCUGAUCACAUUCAGUAUAUUGGUAAUUUGAUCGGCUACCGUCAUGUUGGAAUCGGCUCGGACUAUGAUGGUAUGGGGAGCGCCCCCAAGGGACUGGAGGAUGUCUCUCGCUAUCCCGCUUUGAUUCAGGAAUUGGCCAACCGGGGAGUAAGUGCUGAAGACCUCAAGGAUUUGAUGGGCCGUAAUGUUCUUAGGGUUAUGGAGGCUGUGGAAGGAGCUGCGGCAGAACUGUCCAAAACUGUGAAACCGCUCCAGGACCAUGUUGAGACUUGA